AUGAAUCCAUCCGAUCCCAGCUCAAAGCCGCUGACGGAUCUCAAAUACCUUAUUAACUUCGUCUUCAGCCAAAUUGAGUCCAAACAAGAGGUGAAAUCAAUGCUUGAGAAAUUUUCAGCCCAGGUCGAGACUACUUUACAUCAAAUUUGUGGCAAAGUGACUAUUGAAAUCCCAUAAAUAAAAUAUGGGGUCUCAUCUGGGCAUGGCCUCCCGGCCAUGCAUACUCGACUUAUAUUUUAUUUUAUAUCCGGCAAGGUUUUACUACUUAAGAAAUGGACAGCAAUGCUAGGUAAGCAAUUCUGAUUGUGUACAGAGCAUAGCUCAAGUCUAAAUUCAGGAGGCUUUUUCCUCAUGGGAAAGGAGGGUACGGAAGUUGGAAAGGGAAGCUCAGCAAAGUCCUCUAGACCAAUCGGGCCACUCCCUAGCGUGAAACUGGGCGUUACGUCCCAGACUCCGUAUUUUCCUUUUUGCCGAGAGUCGACCAGAAAAUCCAUAAAAAUGGAUUUUUUCGGAAAGACAACCCAUGCUUCAAGUGCAAGUAGCUCGCUCAUGAGCCGUCGAAGCCGGCAACACCGCUCCAAGCGUGCCUUGGUGAUCAAAGCAGGCUGUCACAGCGGCCUGCGGGUCCGACACGUGGAAGAGAUGGCGGAAAGGUCUGUGCUGCCCACUCGUAAGGGACGUUAAGCGACUAUUAAUCUUAAUGUAAUGUAAUGACUAUUGAAAUCCCAGAACUUCCCGCCGAUGUCAGUGAAGAGGAAAUUCUAGCCACGCGUGGCGAAGAAUUGCAAGCAGCCAUGGAGGUCUGAACUAACAAAAUCUCAACUUAACUUGAAUUAUUAGCAAAGUAGCUCCCGGUCAGCCAUGUCAGCUUUUCACGUCCCAUGCUUCGCUUCACCCCUUACUUGCAAGAACAAUCCUUAGCUUAAAGGCAUGUGCUGCUUUAUGGGACGGCUUGCACUCGCAACCCGAGGGUAAAGACGCUGGGUCACCGUGCUGUGAAUCAAUGGGGUUUAUCCUUUCCGAAAAGUAAAUUUUCUGGUCAGCUAUUUUGCAAGAUGAAACUUGCAGUCCAAGACGCAACUCCACUUAUCGCGCUAGGAAACUGCCAAAUUGGCCAAGCGAGCGUCUUCUGGCCUUAAUGGACUAUCCCUGCCCAUCUUCCAAGUUUCAUCUUCCCUAGAUAUAAAACCUUGCCCUGGAUUGAGCCUGAGAUCAAUUAGCCAGACAUUGCGCUCCACCAGACCAAGUAAAACCGGGCUAGCUUUCUCAUCAGAUAAUGCUGUUCCUUCCGCAAGGUCCCCAGGACUCCCAUCUGGCUACAGACGUUAAGAGGGCAGGUUGAUUCGCGAUGCCAUUUUUAAGUUAUGGAAUAACAAAAUCAAAGAAGUCAUUGCAACUGAAAAAGCCAAAAAGCCUGAAAGCACUAAUUCUGCUAUGGCUGAAAUCGAGUUUUGGAAAAACCGAAGCGCAGUUUUGACGACUUUGCAUCAGCAAUUUAACCUUCCAGGAGUAAAAAGAAUCGAAAACGUCAUGCAGAUUGCGAAAAAUUCAUAUGACAACUUAACAUAUGAAAAUUUCAGAAAAGAAAUGGCAAAUUUGAAUAAAAUCUUUUCAGUCGCCAAGGAUAAUGUAAAGUUUUUAAAUACCCUGGAAAGGCAGUUUAAGACAAUACAGGGAGGAAAUUUGGUGGCUAUUGAUGAAACGCUUACAAGCUUGAUGAAUGGGCUUAGACUAGUGUGGACGAUUUCAAGACACUAUAAGGGAGAUGAAAUGCUUAAUUUAAUGACUUGCAUUGCGAAUGAAAUAGCUGAUAAAGUGGAGUCACAAAUUAGAGUCAAUGAAAUUUUCAAAAAAGAUAAUUUAAAAGAAUCUCAAGAUAUCAUUGAAAAAGGCAUCAAAGUCCUUGAAAAAUGGUCAGAAACAUUUUCUGCAACUCGAAGAGAAGUUGAAAGUGGCGAGUCUCAUUGGCCUUAUGACCAGAAAAAACUCUUUGAAAGGACUAAGCAUAUGACCAAAGUCUUAAAAGACUUAAAAAAAGCUGUCAUCUGCAUCCAAGAAUUUAAAAGCUUUUUAGGUGAAGAUCUCAUCAAAGUCACUGAAGACACUGCUGGCAUUAAUGACAUGAUUGAGCAAGUCAGCAUUUUAUCAAAGCCUCUUGAAAUGUUUUCUAAACCUUUUGCUGUUGAUAGUCUAAAGCUCUGAAUUACAACUUACGCUAAAUUCGAAGAGUAGAUUAGAUUAACUUAAAUUAUAGUGGCUUCUGAGAAUUAUUUUAGCCCUUCGCUGUCCAGACCAGUUUCUGGCGCAAGUGCUCCUAAACGCCUGAAUCACACUGCACCCUUUUCUUGCCGAUUUCACCAAAAAAUGGUGAUAGACAUCAGCAUCUUAAGAGACUCAUCCGACCAUGCUUUGUUCUAACCAUGCGAUAGAGGCUCUGGUAGUGCUCAGGGCAUGAAGGAAAUGCCCAUCGCCUCCUUCUCGACUGCCAUUCCUUGAUUGGGCAUAAAUUUCUUCCCACGCCUUCGGUUGUCGACCGUAUGACAAGGGAAAAAGCCUUUUAGGGAGCCUGAACAGGUAAAAACCAGCCUAAUAUUCAAAAAUAAUGGGAUUCACUCACCUGGGACCGACCUAACUCUUCUCACAGUCUUUUAAAAAGUUAAAUUAGAAGAAGAAGUAAAAAUAAUUGAAGAUAAGACAAUUAUCAUGAUCCAAAUGGUCUUCAAAGGUCUAAGAUCUGCUGAAGGCGCUUUUGACCUAAUCCAAAACCUCAAAAAUGUCAGGACAAGAGACAGAAUUAAGGACGAAAUGCAGAAAAAAUACACAGAUAUUUUAGAAAAAUACGGUGAUGAAGUCAGAGUCAUGAGCGAGCUUUUUGGCAGCUUUAAAGAAAUUCCUCCAAUAAGUAAAGGAAAGCCACCUUGUGCAGGAAAAAUUGCAUGGAGUGAGGCCAUUUUCCAAAGAGUGAAAAAACCAAUCAUGAAAUUCAAAUCAAGAGAAAAUUUAUUAGAAGAAAAUGAAGGGAAAAAAGUGUGCAAGGCAUAUUUUCAGCUAGGCAAGCAGAUUAGGCAUGAGUAUCAAGAAACCAUUAUCAAUGAUUGAAGCAAGAAAUCAAACGACAUUGCUACAGACUCACUAAAACGAUACAUUUUAAAGAAAGAAGGAGAGUCCUUUGCAGUAGAUUUUGAUCCAGCGCUUGAAAUGAUGAUUAGAGAAGCAAAGUACAUGAAACAAGAUGCUUUGUCGAAUACAGUGCUCAAUGUAGCUCUGCAAGAAAAAGACUAUAGAAAACAUGUAGAUCAGCUUAAUGCGAUGCUAUCUGAGUAUAACCUAACUGUGGGAACUCUUCAGCCUGAAGAAAAAAAACUGCUUAGAGAUCAUAUAGCUGAUUUAAACAGCUCUUUAGAGCCGGGUUUGGCUUCUUAUAACUGGCACUCCUUAGGUAUCAAAACUUUUAUUGAAAACUGUAGAAAAGCUUUAAAAGAGUUCACAGUUAUUAAAUCCCAAGUUUAUAAGCAAAGAGACAUGAUUGAAGAAAGAGUUAAAGCUAUUGAAGAAGCCAAAAUCGUCAAGGAAUUUGACUGGACUAGAAAAGACAGUGAAAACGUCAUGGAUUUAAUGGAAUUCUACGAUUUCAUUGAAAACCGAAGACAAGAAGUGGUCAAUGAGCUCUUCAAAAAAUACUCUCACUCCUCCCUCCGAGAGCGAACAAAAUAAUUUUGUUUGCUUAUGGGGGGUUAAUUUCUUUAAAAAAGAUAUAUAAUUUUUUUGUUGUUGAAAUUCUCAAAAUUGGAAAACAAAUAUUAGUCUAAUUUGUAAAACUUAUGUUUUAAAAUACAAGCUAUUUAAAAAUUCAACAGAAUUCAUUAUAACAAUUAUCAAUUAUAUAUCAAAUUUUUUUCACAAAUAAUGCUGGUUCGCUCAUGGAGGGAUUUUUCCAAUGGUUAUGCUCACUCACAGAGAGGGAGUCAGAAAUCAGCGACAAUUUGCUAUCCAUUGAAGAAAUCACUCUCAGAACCAAAACUAAAGGUGCAGAAUCCAUGGUCAAAUAUUAUGGCUACUGGGAAAAGAGGAUUUUUAAUGCCAUCACCACAAUGGUUAUCAGAGGUCUCCUUACCAUAAAAGCAUUAUUUACCAAGCAGGAAGACCGCCCUCCUCUCUUCAAAAUCAUGUCAUCCUUCACUCCACCUAAAAUAACAUUCCACCCCUCCCAGCAGGACAUCUACAACGUCUUGCAAAAAUUAGUUACAAACAUCCUUGAAUCUGCUAAGGCCUUCCCAAGAUGGCAAAAAGGCCGCUGUGAGCUUUGCAAGCCUAGGGAGAAAAUGGAUACAAUCGAGUAUAUACAUAAUUUCUACUCAGAUGUUGGAAAAAUUAAAAAUAUCGUCACAAUCCAUAUGAGUGUUAAUGAAAUGAUAGAAAGACUGUCCAAGAAGAUGGGAAACAUCACAAAAACACUGGAACAUCAGUAUAAGACUCUUUCUGAUGACAAGCUUAAGUCCAAAUACGAAAAAAACGGAGAAAACAUGAGUUUGUCGUUUAUUGAGUUUAAUAUGAACAGAAAUAGCUACUCAAUAAUUGACUACAAAAAUGUCAAGGCAGAACGCAGGGUCCUUUUUAUGCUUAUUGAUGACACAAAUACCCGCCGCUCUGUAAAACGUGAAGCUAAAAAAUGACUUGACCUCUUCUCCAACAUUCUUUACGACAAAGCUUCAAAUAGCUUACGAGUUCUUUUACUCCCCUUCUUUAAACUGGAACAAAAAUCCUGUUCCAAUUAAGAAGGUUAAUAAUUUCUAAAAAAAAAAAUUUACAAAAUUUUUUAAAGCAAUACUUUGAAAUGAAAAAUGAUUGUACUUAACUUUUUAUAUUAAAUUGAAAUCAUGAAAAAAAAUUUUGGUUUCAAUUUAAAGGGAGAUUAAAGUUCCCAAACACUACAAAUUUUACCUAUAUUUUUUUUCUAAUUAAAAGGGGAAGUUAGAAGAAAUGGAAACCAUUAAAAAAGAGCUUCAAGAGACCCCAAGUGACAUCACCAGUAUGAAAAAUCUUCUAAGCGUCAUCUCAAAAAUAAAUUCUUCCCACAUGGCUAAAGAAUUCAAAAUCCUUGAAGUCGAAGAAAUGUACAGAACCAUCGAAAUGUACAACAAAGAAAGCCUAGAUGACCCAGUCCGUCAAGAAACCUACGAAGAGUCCAAAAUCCUUUCUAAAAGGUGGCGAGAUCUCCGUCGUGACGCAAAUCAAAAAAACUACUCCAUGCUGAAAUACAAAGAAAGAUUCGCCGAAGAAACCAAAGUAGAUGUACUGAAGUUUCAGAAGCAGCUGAAAGACUCUUAUAAGCGCUACAAAGAAACAGGCCCUGGCGCCGCAGAAACUUCUUUAAAAGAAGGAGUGGUUUCAUUAGCUCAUUUCGAAGAAGAAGUAUCCAGGCUCAACAAAAUCAGAGUGGACUUAGUGCUUGCUGAGCAACUUCUGGGACUUCCUAUAAGCUCAUUUGAAGAGCUUGCAGCAAUGGAAGAGUCAAAUAAAAGACUUAAAGACUUAUAUGGAAUCUACACUGAGCUCCAAACGAAAAUAGAGAAAUGGAGCUCGAUGCCUUGGAACGAUAUUGAUAUUAACGUCAUAGAAAAAGAUUCCGAUGAGCUCUAUAAGAAAACCAUGAAGCUAGAAGCGGAAUAUGAAAAUAACCCCACUUAUGAAAAACUGAGAAAUGAAGUGACUGGAUUUAAGCAGAGUGUGCCAUUGAUCAGAACCAUGAAAAGCGAAAACGUCAAAACUCGGCAUUGGGUGAAACUCUUGGCAGCGAUUGGGUAUGAGCAGAAAUUAGACUUAAAGAACAUUACAUUGCAGCAAGUGUUUGACUUAGGACUGCAAAAUCACCAGGAAAAAGUAGAUGAAAUUGCAACUGAAGCAAGAAAUGAAGCUGCGAAUGACCAGAUUUUGACAACCAUUGAGAAUUUGUGGAAAGUCAGAGUGUUUCCAAUGGGAAAGUAUAAGCGUGGAGUUGAAGAUAAAGGGUGGGUCAUCUUAAACUGUGAUGAAAUUAAGGAAAUCAUUGAUGAUCAGUUAUCAGACCUAUCCAAAUUGACAAACACUAAAUAUGCAGGGCCAUUCAUGGAAAGAAUUCGAACCUUGGAAAAGCAAAUCAAUAUCAUUUCUGACUGUAUCGAUUUAUGGCUUGCUGUCCAAAGGAAAUGGCAAUACCUCGAAAGCAUUUUUGUAGGUAGUGAAGAUAUCAGACUUAUGCUUAAAGAAGAGGUCAAAAAAUUUGACAGAAUAGACAAAUCGUUCAGAAAGCUCAUGGAAAACACCAAUAAAAAUCCAAAUGUCUUAGCUGCUUGUUAUCAAGAUGCUUUUCGCCCAGAAGAGCGUAAAGAUGAGCUAAAAGGGAUUUCCAAAGAUCUAGAUCAGUGCCAGAAAAGACUUUCAAACUAUCUAGAUACCAAAAAAGGCUCAUUCCCAAGAUUCUACUUCAUUUCUGAUGAUGAGCUUCUUACUCGCAUUCGUGAGCAAGUAGCAUUUUUUUGGCUUUGGCUCAUUUUUUCUAAAAUUUACUUAUAUUAAAAUUAUUUUUGAAGAUUAUUUAUAAAAUUAUAUUUUGGAAUGCAAACUGUUUAAAUUGAAUCGGAUUAGCUAGAUAUUCAUAUAACAAUUAUCUUAUAUAUUAAAAAUCAUUUUUAUAAUAAAUUUUGCUCGAUUGCGAGGAUAGGAUUUCUCAGUUAAAUAGGACUUUUCCAUGGUUUUACUCGCUCACAGGUGAGUUAGCAUUUUAGGUUCCAGUAACCCUGAAGAUAUCCAACAGCAUAUGCUUAAGCUUUAUGACAACUGCAAAGAGCUCAAAUUCAGUAGAAAUAAGAUGGUCCUUGGUAUGUUUUCAGAAGAAGGAGAAGAAUACUCAUUUGCAAACUCUGUAAAGCCAGAAGGCCCCGUAGAAACCUGAAUGAACAAGCUUGAUGACGAAAUGAUUGACACCCUUCACAAAAUGACGAAAGAAGGAACCUAUUAUUAUGCAGAAAGCGAAAGAAUCCCAUGGAUCCUUGACCAUAUUGGUAUGGUCGCCAUUGCAGGCACUCAAAUUUGGUGGACUUGGAGCGUGGAAGACGUAUUUCGAAGAGUAAAAGAAGGAAACAAGCACGCAAUGAAAGAAGAAAGCGCCAAGGAGACAGCGAAUUUGGUAGCUUUGAUUGACUUGGUAAGGACUGAUUUGCCAAGGCUGCAGAUGAAGAAAGUGAACACAUUGAUUAUUUUAGACGUCCAUGCUAGGGAUAUUGUUGAUAGAUUUGUGAGAGACUCGAUAUUAGACGCCAAAGAAUUUGAGUGGGAGUCGCAGCUCAGGUUUUAUUGGGACAGAGAUGUGGAUGAUAUUGUGGUUAGACAGUGCACUGGGGAUUUCAAAUAUUGCUAUGAAUAUGAAGGGCUUAAUGGAAGACUGGUCAUCACUCCACUAACAGACAGAUGCGUCAUGACUUUAACUACUGCUCUUACUUUCAAACUUGGAGGAGCUCCAGCAGGCCCAGCAGGAACUGGAAAAACAGAAACUGUCAAAGACUUAGCCAAAUCCUUAGCCAUCAGAUGCGUUGUCACCAACUGUGGAGAAGGUCUUGAUUACCAAGCUAUGGGCACUAUCUUCAGUGGUCUUGUCCAAACUGGUUUUUGGGGCUGCUUCGAUGAGUUUAACAGAAUCAACGUCGAAGUCCUUUCUGUCAUCUCGAUCCAAAUCAAAACUAUUCAAAACUCCUUAAAUGCUAAAAAGAACACAGUCGACUUGCUAGGAAAAGAAAUUCCCCUUGUUGACACAGUUGGAAUUUUUGUCACCAUGAACCCUGGCUAUGCCGGCAGAAGUGAGUUACCUGACAACUUAAAAGCCCUAUUCAGGCCUUGCACUAUGGUCGUCCCUGAUAUGAUCUUGAUUUGUGAAAUUAUGCUUAUGUCUGAAGGGUUCACCCUAGCAAGAAUUUUAGCUAACUCCCCCCCCCCUCCGUGAGCGAACAAAAAAAAUUUGUUCACUCACGGAGGGGGUUUAUUUUUUUUUUUAAAAACAAUUAUAUAUAUAAAUUUUAUAUAAAAAAUAUUUUUUUCGAAAUUUAAAAAAAAUCCUAAUUUGCAAAAAUUGGGAAGCAAAUACUAAUUUUAAUUUGCAAAAUUUAUGUUUUAAAACGCAAUUUGUUUUUAAAAUUAAACAGAAUUAGCUCUAGAUUUCAUUAUACUAAUUAUCACUUAUAUAGCAAAAUUUUUUUCUAUUAAAAUUUUUUCUAUUAAAAAUAUUUUUGUUCACUCACGGAGGGUGGGUUUUUGGUCAAAAAAUGGCGAUUUUUCUAAUGGUUUUUGUUCGCUCACGGAGGGGGGGGGAGUAAGAAAAUGACUGUGCUGUACAAAUUAGCCCAAGAGCAGCUAUCUAAGCAGUAUCACUAUGAUUUUGGGCUGAGAGCUCUUAAGUCUGUGCUCGUCAUGGCUGGAUCUCUGAAAAGAGGCUCCCCUGAUAUGAGCGAAGAUUUGGUCCUAAUGAGAGCACUGAGAGAUAUGAAUAAGCCAAAAUUCGUAUAUGAAGAUGUCCCAUUGUUUAUGGGCUUGAUCAAUGAUUUGUUCCCAAGCUUAGACUGUCCUAGAGUGGUCUAUGAUAAUUUGAAAACAGAAGUUAUCAACUAUUUCAACGCUCAUGGCUUUAUGCAUUCAGAUGAAGAGAAAUUCCUAAAGCAAGUCGAUAAAGUAAUGCAACUUCAUGAAACUAUGCUUACCAGGCACACAACUAUGGUUGUAGGACCGACAGGAGGUGGAAAAACAACAGUAAUUUAUGCAUUGAAAAAUGGGUAUCAAGGUGUAGAGCAAGAUAUGAAGGUCCAUAUUGACGUGCUGAACUGUAAAUCAAUCACUUUGAAAGAACUUUAUGGCGAACUUGACCCUGCUACCAGAGAUUGGACUGAUGGGUUGCUAACUCCAUCUCCCUCCAUAAGCGGACAAAUACAUUGGAAAUUUUUUUGCCAAAAAACCCAACUAAAAAUUUUUUUAGAUUAAAAUUUUGAAAUGUAGUGAUAAUUAUUAUAAGAAAUUUUAUAGCUAUCUGUUUAAUUUUAAAUGAUUUGCAUUUUAAAACAUAAAUUUUAAAUAAAUUUAAUACUUGCUUUCCAAUUUUUGCGAGUUGAAAUUUACUUAAAUUUCGGAAAAAAAAAAUUACUAUCAAAUUUAUAUAUAAAUUUUUUAAAAAAGAAAUCAGCAAACAAAAUUUUUUGCCCGAUCACGGAGGGGGGGGUAAGUAAAUUAUUCAGAAUAAUGAACUUACCUAUUCCAGAAGACUAUUAAUUUUAAUUAAAAUUAUUGAAAAGCUUCAUAUGAUACCUCAAAAGGGUAUAUAUCUCCAAUCUGUUUCAGCACUACCUCCGUCUGUCUAUCGGCUAUGCUCCUUCAGAAAUGGGCUCGCACACUAACUGGAGUCAGUGGGAUCGGUCACCAUACCGUACACCUGACUUGAGUUGCCCUUCCAGAAAAUUAAAAAAAAAUUAUGGAUGAGUUUCGACCAAGAUAGAAGUUGAGGCACAGGGUGAAACUCCCGGUAUCGCGCUAAGAAACUGCCGAAUUGGUGUCAAGGAUUUUGCUGGGCUUUCGCUUUCUAAUUCCAAGCAUCCAGCUUCCCAAAUAAAUAUUGCCCUGGAAAUAGAUGCGGUCGGUCUAAUCCUUCAUUGCGUUCUGCCAGGCCAAGUAAAGCCUGCCAAGAUACACACUACUGAACGCUAUCCUUCCUUCCAAAAGGUUCCUGCGAUGCUCCAGCUGCAGAUGCUAACUCCCCCCCUCCGUGAGUGAACAAAACCAUCAGAAAAAUCCCUAUUUUUUUGCCCAAAACCCCACCCUCCGUUAGUAAAUAAAAAUUUUUUAAUAGAAAAUUGUUUACGGAAAAAAUUUUGAUAUAUAAAUGAUAAUUAGUAUAAUGAAAUCUAAAGCUAAUUCUGUUUAAUUUUGAAUGAAUUGCUUUUAAAACAUAAAUUUUAUAAAUUUAAUUAAUAUUUGCUUUCCAAUUUUACGAAUUAGGAUUUUUUUAAAUUUCCAAAAAAACAAUUUUUUAUAAAAUUUAUAUAUAAAAUUUUUUUUAAAAACAAAAAUUACCCCCCCUCCGUGAGCGAACAAAAUUUUUUUGUUCACUCACGGAUGGGGGGAGUAAGAGGAUGGGUUGGAUUGCCACGCCAUUUUUAUGGAUAUCCUAUUCCAGAAGGCAAAAAAGAAAAAAGAUGGAUUUUGUAUGAUGGUGACGUUGAUGCUCUUUGGGUCGAAAACAUGAACAGCGUUAUGGAUGAUAAUAAACUGCUUACACUUAAUAAUGGUGAGAGAAUCAGGCUUGAAAAAUACUGCGCCAUGCUUUACGAGGUCUAUGAUUUGCAAUACGCCUCUCCAGCCACCAUUUCUAGAUGCGGUAUGGUCUACGUUGAUGAUAAAGAUCUAGGGUACCAGCCUUACUAUGAAAGAUGGGCCAAGAGCAAGACUGACCAAGGAGAAAAUAAUAUCAGCGACACUUUAAUUGUGCUUUUCAAUAGAUAUAUUGAUAGAUGCAUAGGACGAAUUUUAGAAGGAAAAAUGGAAGAAGACAACUUUACUGAGCCACUUGCUAUGGCUGUCCAAAGGAGUGGCUUAAACAUGGUUAUGCAGCUUUGCACUAUGAUGGACAUUUUACUACCUACCGACAGCUCCCACACUGAUGUUGAGUUUAUUGAGCCACUCUUUGUAUUUGCUAUGCUUUGGUCCUUAGGAGCUUGCUUAGUCUCAGAAGAUCGUCCUAAAUUCGAAGCAUUCUUAAAGAAUAUUGUAGACGGGAAACUGCCUCCAACAAACUACUACAAUUACUAUUGGGAUAGGAGUUUAAGAGAUUGGAGACCAUGGGAAGAAAGAGUCAGAGCUAAAGGAUUUGAGCUUCCAUCAGAUAGAAAAUUCUCCAAAAUCCUAGUUCCUACUAUUGACACAGAAAGACACAUAUGACUUCUAUCAGAGCUGAUUUCAAGAAAAAUCCCUACGAUUUUCACAGGAGAAAGCGGGACAAGUAAAACAGUCACCAUUCAAAAUUUCAUUGAAGGUUUAGAGCCAACCUUGUAUCAAGUCCUAAAUAUCAAUUUUUCCUCAAGAACUUCUUCUGCAAAUGUCAUGAGCAAUUUAGCUGAAAAAUUAGCUAAAAGAAGUGGGAAAUUAGUUGGGCCUUCUAUGGGGACAAAACUGAUCGUGUUCGUGGAUGACAUGCACAUGCCGAAUUUCGAUAAAUAUGGCACCCAACAACCUAUUGCGUUUUUCAAGUUUUUGAUCGACAAAGGGUACUAUUUUGAUAUGGCAACUCUCGAAGAGCAGCAUGUAGUUGACACAACUUACUUGUGCUCAAUGCAGCCACCUGGUGGUGGAAGAUCUCCAACAGAUCCAAGGUUUUUAUCACUAUUUAAUGUCUUCAACAUCACUUUUCCAUCUGAUGACUCACUGAAACACAUUUUCAAGUCCAUUUUGAGCAAGCAUUUAGAAAGCUUUGGCAACGAAAUCAUCGACUCAGCUGAGCACUUAACUGACGCUACAUUAAAACUCCACAAAGAAAUCUUAGAAAAACUCCCAAGAACCCCAGUGAAAUUCCAUUACAUCUUCAAUCUUCGUGACUUAUCAAGAGUUUUUGAAGGCCUAUUCCAGGCCACAUAUGAAGUAUUUUCCACUCUCCCUGAAUUUAUUAAGCUAUGGAGAAAUGAGUGCACUCGUGUAUAUGCAGAUAGGCUUAUUGACUUCACUGAUCGGAACCUGGUUACCGAGGAAAUUCUGCCAAGACUUCUGCGCCAGCACUUUGCUGAACAGUCUGAGUAUGCAAUGCAAGAGCCUUUGCUUUAUGGUGAUUUCAGAUUUGCUGACCCUGUUGAGCAUAGUUCUGAGGAAGCUCGACUUUAUGAAGACCUCAAAGAGUACCAAGUCGCAACAGAUAAGUUUAAUAAGCUUCUCAAAGAAUACAACGAAGAGCGAGUUCCAAUGAACUUGGUGCUUUUCAACUAUGCAAUUGACCAUCUCACUAGGAUUCACCGCAUCUUCAGAAUGGCCCGUGGAAAUGCACUGCUUGUAGGUGUCGGAGGUUCAGGCAAACAAAGUUUAACCAGGCUUGCUGCUUUUACAGCAGAGCAUGAGUUGUUCCAAAUCUCGUUGACUAAAAACUACUCUGAGGCCAACUUCAAAGAAGACUUGAAAAUCCUCUUCGAGAAGCUUAAAGAAAAGUCUGUUGUAUUUUUGAUCACUGAUAACCACAUCAAAGAAGAAAGCUUUUUAGAGUUCAUCAACAAUAUUCUCACUAUGGGAAUGGUCCCUGCUCUCUACACAGAGGAUGAAAAAUACUCACUUGUCAGACCUCUUGAAGACGAAAUGAAGCGUGAAGGCUUAAUCAACCCAAAUAAGGAUAUCAAGUGGACUUAUUUCAUCAAUAAAGCCAGAGAUAACUUGCACAUAGUCCUCGCUAUGUCUCCUGCUUCAGAUACUCUCAGAAUCAGAUGUAGAAAUUUCCCUGGGCUUGUAAACUGUACUUCAAUUGAUUGGUUCUUCAGCUGGCCUGAAGACGCCCUAUUAAGUGUCGCUAGUUACUUUAUGAAAGGAAAAGACCUGCCAGAUGAGCAUCGCCCUAAUAUCGAGCAGCACAUUGUGAAAACCCAUUCCUCAAUUUUUGUGUUUUCCAAAGAAUUUGAGAACACAAUGAAGCGUAAAAACCACGCAACUCCUAAAAAUUUUUUGGACUAUAUUAAUACCUAUAUUAGCAUGCUUGCUGUCAAGCGAAAAGAAAUCGAUAUCAACGUAGUCAGACUAGAAAACGGGCUUGUUAAGCUCAGGGACUCUUCAGAAAAAGUUGACGUCAUGUCAAAAGAACUUGAAGUUAAGAAAAAAGAAGUGGACAUCAAGAAAAGCGAAGUCGAAAGCAUGAUCCAAGACCUCCAGGAGAAAACUGCCUUUGUAAAAACCCAGCAAGCGCAAGUCAAAGACAAAAAAGAUGAGCUGGAAGUCAGAGAGAAAGAAAUAACCGAGGAUAAAAUCAAAGCAACUGAAGCUUUAGAAGAAGCCCGCCCUAUUUUAGAAAACGCUAAGCGAGCAUUAGAAGUCUUAGAUGCUAAGAAGCUGGGAGAAGUCAGAACUUAUGCAAAACCUCCUCAGCCAGUCAUGGAUACUUGCAUGUGUGUGCUUAUAUUGAAGCCAGUUCCAAACUGUCCACCUGAUUCUGAAGGGUGGGCUGGCUGCAAAACUAUGCUGACUUCACUUACUCCUUUCCGUCUGUGAGCGAACAGAACCAUUGGAAAAAUGCCUAUUUUUUGCCCAAAAGCACACCCUCCUUGAGCGAAUAAAAAAAAUAUUUGAUAUAAAAGUAAUAAUUAGUAUAAUGAAGUCUCUAGAAUAUAUUUUAAUUUCAAAUCGGUGGAUUUUAAAACAUAAAUUUACAAAUUAAAUUAUUAUUUGUUGAUUUUUUUUUGAAAAAAAAUUAGACUUUCGUGAGCAAAGAAAAUUGUUUUGUUUGCUCAAGGAAGGGGGAUUAGCAAGCCUGUGCUGCAGUCUUAUCAAGUCUCUAGUGUCACCAAAGCAAUGUACACAAAGGUCCAGAACUACCUGAAGAAACCCGAAUUUAACAAAGAAAACGUCGCAGCUGUCUCUGAUGCAGCAGGAAACCUUUUCGAGUGGAUGGACUCCAUGAUGAAAUACUACAAAACCUAUACUGAAGUGGAGGCUUACACUUAGUUAGAGUAUAAAAAAGCUCCCUGCCGGCUUCGAAGAUCCUUAUUUCCUUUUAUAACGCUCUACUCAUCGACUCUGCCGGCAAUCAUCUCAUGACUCCAAAGUCUUGCUCCUAGCAGACAUGGGCUGCACAUCUUUCCUGGUAUUCGGAAAGUUUCGGCCAUCGUGCCGUAAGCCAUGGGGUUUGGCUACUAGAAAAUCGAGAAACAAAUUUUCUGGUAGUCUGUUGGCCAAUUUCGUAGCUCAGGACGCAAUGCCUGGUAUCGUGUUGGGGAACGUUCUAGUUGAACAGGAGAACCUCACUGGUAUUGCUGGGACGAACCUUUCCAACUCCGAACUCCAUCUAUCUGAGGUAAAACUUUGGCCUAGAUCUGAGCCUGCGGUCUACCACCCAAACAUUGAGUUCCCCCAAUACAAGUAAAACCUGGCUGGAUGCACAUACAGAACGCUAAAGCUCCAUUCCACAAGGUUUCUGGGUCUCCCCAGCUACAGAUGCUAGGAAGCGAGUUUGCUCGCCACACCCAUUUUUAUGUACACUGAUGUGGAGCCACUAAGAAUCAAAGUAGAAAAGCAAACCGAAAAGCUUGAGCAAGCCAAACGUGAAUUAGCAGAAAUCACAGCAAAGCUAGAACUUCUCCAGGCAGAAAUUAUGGACUUGAAUGCAAAGCACAAAGCAGCCUCUGAAGAAUUGAGCUAUCUCACUGAGCAGGCUAAUGAUAUGGAAAGGAAACUAAACAUGGCCUCCAGACUCAUUUCUGGACUUGGGACAGAGAAGAAGCGUUGGGCUGAAGACAUUAUCCAGCUGCGAGAAGACAAACAUAACCUUCUAGGCGAUUGCUUGUUGUCAUCAUCAUUUUUGUGCUAUACAGGCGCCUUCAAUUAUCAGUUCAGAAUUAGAAUGGUGUAUGAAGCGUGGGAAGCUGAUAUAAAAGAAAGAAAAAUCCCAUUGAGCGAGCAUUACAGGAUAGAAAAGCUUCUGACCAACGAUGUAGAAUGCGCUAGAUGGGCUAGCGAGGGGCUUCCACAAGAUGAGUUGAGUAUCCAGAACGGUAUUUUAACCACUUAUUCUAAUAGGUUCCCUCUGUGUAUUGAUCCACAAGAACAAGCUGUGAAGUGGAUCAAGCAGAAGGAAAAGGAAAAUAACUUGGAAACCACUACUUUCAACAACCCUAAGUUCAACAAACUUGUGGAAAACUGUAUCAAAUUCGGAAAUUCUCUAUUAUGCUAUCUUAGAUUUGAAUUUGUGCCACUGUUUUAUUAUUAUAAGUUAUUUUCUUUAAUUAGUUUGUGAGAGUAUAAUAGAAAAUGUUGAUGAAGAAUUAGACCCUACUGUAGACCCUGUGCUUGAAAAAAGCUACACAGUCAGAGCUGGAGAAAAAAUUUUACCUUUGAUGGGUGCCAGUAUUGUUUGGAGUGACAAAUUCAAACUCUUUAUGACCACAAAACUGUCAAACCCACAAUAUACCCCUGAAAUCAUGAGCAAAACUAGCAUCAUUAAUUAUACCGUCACGCUCAAAGGGCUAGAAGAUCAGCUGCUUAAUGAAGUUGUCAAGCUGGAAAAGCCUGAAAGAGAAGAAAUGAGGAAGCAGCUCGUCAUUGAAAUGAGCAAAAAUCAAGCCACCAGAAAACAGUUAGAAGAAAGCUUGCUUAAGAACCUGACUGAAGCCUUAUACUUAAACGAAUUAAGAUUAUAGAAAAGCUCCUGUUAUAUCUUCUCAGGCUGCAUUUAUCUAGAUGCGCGCCUCUCCUUGCUUGCCAGCCCCUUCGGGCCUAGAUUAUAGCUCCUCACAGACUAAGGGCUUAAUCGUUAGUCAGAGACGUUGGAUCACCAUGUCAUAUGCCGAUGGUUCAGCCUCCAGAAAAUUCGAAAUGGAAAAUCAAGGCAUAUGACGUAACUCCUUGUAUCGCGCUGGGAAACAUUCUGAUUGACAAGAAGGAACCGAGUUGGCGUUGCUAACACUUCCCUUUCCAACCUUAAGUGCCUUCUCUCCAAGAAGUAAAACCUUGAACUGGAUGCGAGCAUGCAGUCAGCUCCCCGAAAUUAUGUUCCACCAAACCAAUUAAAAACCUGGCCGACACGUAUACCGAAUGCUAAAACUCCCUUCCACAAGGUUAUUGAGUCUCCCCAUCUGCAGGUGUUAAGAGCAUUUUAGUUCGCCCACGCCAUUUUAAUGCAUGUCUGAUCGAAGCCAAAGGAGAUAUUUUGGAAAAUACCACUCUGGUUGCCACCCUUGAAGAAACUAAGCAAAAAACUGUUGAAAUCACUCAAGCUAUAGAAAAUGCCAAGAUUACUCGUGGAGAAAUAGAAAAGGACAGACAGGCAUAUCAGCCAGUUGCACUGACUCCCCCCCCUUUAAAUUGGAACUAAAAAUUUUGUUCCAAUUUAAAGGGGGGUUAAUUUUUUUUUUUUUAAAAAAAAAAAAUAUCAAUAUAAAAUUUUUUAUAAAAAAAAAAUUUAUAUAAAAUUUAAAAAAAUAAAACAAUUUCAAAAAUUUAUCGAAUUAGAUUAAUAAAUUUGUUUAAUAAAAUGCUAUUUACUCUUUAUCCUUCAAAACAAAGCAAGAUAUAACUAAAAUUUUAUUAUUAAUUAAUACGCCACUAUUAAUUGGUAUCAAAAACUAUUUACACAAAAUUUAUUAUUUUUAUUGAUAAAAAAAAAUUAAAAAAAAUAUUUUAGAAAAUUUAUUAAUCAAAGUGCUAAUUUUGUUUAAAUAAGAUGUUAUUUAUACUCUAUUCUUUAAAAUAAAGCAAGAGAUAAGUAAAUUUUGAAUUUUUGUAAAGAAUUCGUAUUGAAUUAUAUCAAAGCUAUUUUAAAUAAAAAAUAUCAUUUUUAUCAAAAAAAUAAAAUUUUUUUUGAAAAAUUUUUUAAAAAUUUACAAUUAAGGAUAAUAAAUUUAUUUAAAUAAGAUGCUCUUUAUACUCUUUUCUUUUAAACAAGAGCAGGAUACAACUAAAUUUUCAAUUUUAGUUAAGAAGAAACAUUUAAAUUAUAUCAAAACUUUUUUACAUAAAAAAUUAUGAUUUAUAUAUAUAAAAAUUUUUUAUUAUAAAAAAUUAAAUUUUGUUCCAAUUUAAAGGUGGGUUAAUUUACCAAAAAAGUGGAAAUUUUACCUAUAUUUUGUUCCAAUUUAAAGGGGGGGGGGAGUGAGAGGCUCUAUUCUUUUCUUCGCUAUGUCAGGGCUCUCAGCGAUUUCUCAGAUGUAUGAGUAUUCUUUAGCGAAUUAUCUGCAGGUGUUUACGCAGUCUAUUCGAGAUGCCAGAAAGGACAACAUGACUGUAACAAGAGUGAAGAACAUUAUUGAAAAGCUGACUAUGAACGUGUAUAACUAUACUUGCUUAGGUAUCUUUGAAAAGCAUAAAAUCAUGUUUUCUUUCCAUAUGACAAUCAUGAUCAUGCAGCACGAUGGGGAAAUUGAUAAUAAAGAAUACGACUUUUUCUUGAAAGGAAAUACUUCCUUGGAGCAAGUCUCUAUGAAAAAACCUUUCGCAUGGAUACCUGAACAAGGCUGGAAAGACCUUGAAAGAAUUAUAGAUCUGAACGCUAAAUUUUCAAGACUUAGAGAAGAUAUCCUUAACAAUGAAAAAGCUUGGAAAGAAUGAUAUGACUUAGAAACCCCAGAAAGAGCGUCUAUCCCAUGCGGCUACGAUAGCUUGACUCCUCUAGGAAAACUAUGUUUACUUAAGCUAUUUAGAGUCGACAGAGUUUAUAACGGAAUCAAAAAUUUCAUUGUAGAGAAGCAUAAAAAUGAGUUAUAUAUUAUGCCACCUCCGCCAAUAUAUGAGAAGAUCUACGAGCAGACCAAUCCAAAUUCUCCAGUCGUCUUCAUUUUGUCCCCAGGAGCAGAUCCUUUAAGUGAUGUUACAAAGCUAGGCGAGCUGAAAGGCUUUACAGGAAAUAAAUUCAAGCCACUUGCACUGGGGCAAGGAAUGGGAAAUCUCGCUUUAGAGUAUCUCAAGACAGGUGCCCAGAGAGGCCACUGGGUCAUGCUUCAAAAUUGCCAUCUGCUGAAAAACUGGAUGAAGGAGCUUGAGCGUGAACUUGAGCAGAUUUCGAAGCCUCAUCAAGAUUUCAGGCUUUGGCUCACCACAGAGCCUACUGAUGUAUUUCCUUUGAGCAUCUUGCAGCAAUCUUUAAAGAUAGUCACUGAGCCACCAGAUGGUUUAAAGCAGAACAUGAGAUCACUAUUUGGAAAAGUCAAUGAAGAUCAGCUGCAAGAGUGCCCACACCCUGCAUUUAAGCCACUGGUCUAUGUCUUGACAUUUUAUCAUGCAGUCGUGCAGGAUAGGAAGAAGUAUGGAAAAAUUGGUUGGAAUGUCAGCUAUGACUUCAAUGACAGUGACUUCAAAAUUUCGCUAAGACUGCUUUCUAUGUAUUUAGGAAAGGCUUUCAGAGAGAAAGAUGAUAGUAUCCCUUGGAACUCAUUGAAAUAUUUAAUAGGAGAAGCUAUGUAUGGAGGAAGAGUUACUGAUGAUUACGAUAGAAGAGUUUUGACUACUUAUCUUAAUGAGUAUAUGGGUGGUCAAGCACAGGUAGCAACCCUACACACCCCCCUAAAAGUGGUACCCCCCACCCCCCUUUUUUAAUGGUACCCCCCCCCCCCCUAAAAAAUGGCACCCCCACCCCCAUCCCCCAUAAUAUAGCAUAAAAUAUAUGAAAAAUGCCAAUUUAGAGCAGACAUAAUAAAUAAAUUAUUAUUUUAAAUAUUCAAAAUUACUGAUUUAUGCAAUAUCCACAUAGCGUAGCACAAUCGAUUAAGGAGUAGAUGGAAUGGGGUGAGAAUUUCCUAUAACUAGUAAGCUCACCAAAUCUGAAAAAAAUUUGUUAGCAAGCAUAAUAAUGAUCUUUGGUAUUAAUUAGCAAUAUAUAUCCUGCAUAUAUUUAUGAACUUUGUGGAACAAUGGCUAAAAGUCGAAUUAGAGAUCCAAAAGUAAAACUGACAAUAGCAAAUACUAUUUUUAUUACCACUAUUGAAUCCUGCUACCAAUUCAGUCCUGCAAUCCUUGCACAAUUGUCAUUAGAUUAGCUUUAAUUUAUGAAUCAAUAAAUUUAAAGCAAGUUAUUGUAUUAUCCUUGGUUAAUUUAAUAAUUAAUGCCAUUAUCUAUAUCUUUGGCAUUAUAUCUAUAAAUAUAAAAAGCAAAUUUAAUAUAUUUUCUAAUUAAUUGCUAAUUAAUUUAAAUUUAUUAAUUAAUCAUAAAAUAUAAAGUAAUUUGUGGACUUAAUUUAAAAAUAUAGUGUUUUAAUUGGGUUAUGUUUAAUUUAUUCUGCUUAUUUCCUAUCAAAUACUUCUAUAGGAUAAACCCGAGAGGGGGGGGUGAGGGUGCCAUCUGUGAAAGGGAGGUGGGGGGUACCAUUUUGUAGGGGGGGUGGGGGUUCCCUUAUUGGGGGGUGGGGGGUGUCUGGUUGCGACCUAUGCUUGACCAUAUGGGCAAUUUCAUUUUCGAUACAAAUCAGCCAUUCUUCUUCUCUAAAAGCGGCUAUAACUACACAAUUCCUAGCGAAGGGACUUAUGAUUCUUAUAGCAGCUCAAUUUUGGCCUUACCCACUCUAAAUUCUCCAGAAGUGUUUGGCCUCCAUACCAAUGCUGAAAUCGGAUAUUUCACCAAUGCAACUAAAGGGCUAUGGGUAAACCUCCUAUCCAUGGCUUCAGAAGCUACAUCUGCCUCUGGUGGAAAUAAAGACGAGUAUCUACAGUCUAUAAUUGCUGAUAUCCAAUCCAAAAUACCUGAAACCUACGACCAGCUUGCCAUGCGUAAACAACUGGGCGAAAAUCUUAAGCCCAGCCAAGUUGUUCUUUUACAAGAAGUCGAAAGGUUUAACAACCUUUUAAUCAUCAUGCAAAGCACCCUCAGCAAUUUGGCUAGAGCACUCAGAGGUGAAAUCGGUAUGAGUAGCGAGCUUGAUGAGCUUGCUUUUUCCUUGACAAACGGAUUUUUGCCUGAGCCAUGGGGAAGGCUAUCUCCCCAAACAGAAAAACCUUUAAGUGCAUGGAUGACCUUCUUCAUAAAGAGAGACCAACAGUACCGCAAGUGGAGAGAUGAAGGUGAGCCUAGAGUCAUGUGGUUAAGUGGCCUUCACAUUCCUGAAUCUUUCUUAACAGCAGUUGUGCAGCAAACCUGCAGAGAUAACACAUGGGCUUUAGACAGAUCUACACUAUAUACCAAAGUGACGAAAUUCAAAUUCGCAGACGAAGUCAAGAAAAACCCGAAGCGUGGGAAAUAUAUUUCUGGGCUUUAUUUGGAAGGCGCUAAAUGGGAUUCUAAAAACAAAUGCAUAAAGAAGCAAGAUCCGAAAGAAUUGGUGUAUGAAAUGCCGGUCAUGAAAAUCAUACCUGAAGAAGCCAAUAAGGUGAAACUUAGAGGAACUGUCAAAACUCCUGUGUAUGUGACUCAAGCUAGAAGAAAUGCAGCUGGCAGAGGGUUGGUGUUUGAGGCCGAUUUGAAGACAGACGAGCAUCAAUCUCACUGGGUUUUGCAAGGAGUUGCGUUAGUCUUGAAUAUUGAUUAUUAA